CGCGGACAUUGGUUGUCAACGGCUCUCCGUGAGGAGAAGACCCGAGAAGGGAGGGGGGAGGAACGGACCCCCUCCGUUCUAACCGGCCUGAUUGGGCGGCCUGGGUUCGAAAGGGGUGUGGCCGGCCGUGGCCGAGGUUUAUAAAAGCCUUUGCUGGGCACCGGCCACCCUCAUUAAAUUGAGGGUGACAGAAGAGCGGACAACAAUCUGGAGGGGGGAGGCGGAAGCGGGGUCUCCGGUUGUCCCCCAUAAAUACACGGGAAAAGGAAGAACUUCUUAAACGACGGGUUUGGGCGCCUUCCAAAUUGGGAUUGGGGCUUUCUGACCACAGUACUAGGGGGCGAGGUGUUGGGGGGGGAGGUUAAGUAAGGUAUUUGAUCAGAAGUGAUCAACUGUAGAGUGAGGCGCAUAUGUGAUCCCUCUAAAGAUCAGGCUUAGACGGCGGUACUCUACAGCCCUUCGUGCAGACCCAGCACAAUGAAUUCCAAUGUGGAAAAUCUGCCACCCCACGUGAUCCGGCUUGUGUACAAAGAAGUCUCGACCCUGACAUCAGACCCGCCCGAGGGCAUCAAGGUGUUCCCCAAUGAGGAAGAUAUUACAGAUGUGCAGGUCACCAUUGAGGGACCAGAGGGGACGCCAUACUCUGGAGGCCUCUUCCGCAUGAAGCUGAUCCUUGGCAAGGACUUCCCAGCCAGCCCACCAAAAGGCUACUUCCUGACCAAAAUCUUCCACCCCAAUGUGGGUGCCAACGGCGAGAUCUGCGUGAACGUCCUCAAGAAAGACUGGAAAGCAGAACUGGGCAUCCGGCAUGUCCUGCUGACCAUCAAGUGUUUGCUCAUCCACCCAAACCCGGAGUCGGCCCUGAACGAGGAAGCGGGGCGCCUCCUGCUAGAGAACUAUGAGGAGUAUGCUUCCCGGGCCCGCCUCCUGACUGAGAUCCAUGCGCAGCCGUCGGCCGGCCUUCGCGCCAAGGACCCCGCCGAGCCUUGCUCCUCUUCGGCGAGCGCCUCCGGGGAGGGCCCCAUGGCCAAGAAACAUGCGGGUGACAGGGACAAGAAGCUGGCCUCCAAGAAGAAGACCGACAAGAAGCGAGCGCUCCGGCGGCUCUAGGGGACUGAGGGGGGUGGGGACGGGUGGGAGGGGGUCUGGCACACAGGGUGGGUGGUGGGCAUUGGGCUUUCACAGUACAUCCUCCGUUUCUCCUCUCUCUUCCUCUCCCGCCCGCCUUUUGAAGC